AUGUCUUCCUCAAUUCCCACAACUCCCCAGAUAAAAGUAUAUGGCCAAACUCAUUUAUAUCUGACAACACCCAUAUACUUCCAAUUAGUAGUAUUAAAGGAUUCAGCAUUUGCUUGGGUGGCAAGCCACGGUAACGAAGUACUACAGAAUUUGGCCGUUGCCAUGCCGCCAGUUUCUUAUGGAGGUCGAGACAGUUCACUGGUACCACCAGCUACGACUUUGCUAACAAGAAACGUAAAUGAACUUUCAAAGCAGUUAGGACAGAAAUUAGCUCGAAAAUUCAAUAAACAAUUCCUUGUGAGUCUGAAUCUCCCACCAAUAACUGAUCAGGGGUUGAUUGCAUUUGCGGAAAAGAAACUUGUAGCAUUUAUUAAAGAAAUAUUCGAGCCUUCAUCCACAUCUUCAUAA